GUUGGGUGUUCACAAGUUGUCGAGAUCUCGUACGGUGCGGCGGAGUGACAUUCGCGUUAGACGUACGAACACGACCGUUCUAAAGAGGUGCACACGCGCAGAACCUCACGUUCGUCGGAUUGCGUCUCGUGAGUCAUUGUUGUGUUGACAGUUGAACCAGCUCGGUCCCUCGUGUGACAUCCUCGGCUGCCGAAGUUACUUCAAGUUCAACGGUAUUACAACUCCUCUUUCUCUCGCGACGGAGGCCCGCGAGUCGAGAGCGCAUAGAGUAGGCGUAACCGAAAAAAAAGAAAAAACACCGUUCUGCGUCUCAAGUUUUGGACCGAUUACACCGCGCGGUCCGUAAUCCAUACGCGACACACUCGUGUCACGCUCGGUGGUGGUACGUGGAAUACCCAGUUUUCCAGUUGAUCGUGUGCCCGGGGUCUCGCGUCCGGUGACACGGUGGGGCGAAAAGGACGAUUGGGCGUAGUGCGAUAAAAAAGACUCUCUUCCGUCGGUGAAUUUCCGUGCUGGUUAUGUAACCACGGUGAAAAAGCAAAGAGACAGGGAGUGCUGGGCGAAAAAGCGUGAAAAGCCGAGAGACAGGGAACGAUCGAUUAUCAGUCGGCGAUUACCAUCGAUCAUCGAGCACACACCAGCUAGCCAGGAGGAGGUUUUUACGUGCGACGGGAAUACGACGUGUGGACACAACAGGCGGCGGCGGCGACGGCGGCGGCGGAGUGUGUGUUUUGUUAUUCCAGCCGCGAGAGACCUAGUGCGCUGACCAAGUUUUGAUCGUCACGCAUACCUCGUCCCCACGGCAUCGAUGGUGCGGAGUUUUACGAUGGAGCAGACGUUCUACGAGGACGCGAACGUUUACGGGGCGAUGCAUCGCGAGAACAACGUGGGCCAGAUGAAGCGUAAUCUGACGCUGGACCUGAACGUGUGUCAGAGGCAGGGUCCCCAGGCGAAGAGGCCGCGGCUGGGUCCCCUGCCGCCGACGUUGAACAACGUGACGCCCAUACUGAGCUCGCCGGACCUGAACAUGCUGAAGCUCGGCUCGCCGGAGCUCGAGAAGUUCAUAAUCGCCCAACAGGACAGCCUGGUGACGAAUUUACCGACGCCCACGCAGAUCUUGUUCCCGAAGAUAGUGACCGAGGCGCAGGAACAGUACGCGCGCGGUUUCGUCGACGCUUUGAACGAGCUUCAUCAUUCGGACAGCUCGCAGGAGCCGGGCAGCAUUCACGGGGCGACGUACACGACGCUGGAACCGCCUAGCAGCGUGCAGAGCACCGAAUCCUCGGUGAGCCAGGGUCUGGUGCAGAUCAAGGACGAGCCGCAGACGGUGCCGAGCGUGUCGAGUUCGCCGCCCAUGUCCCCCAUCGACAUGGAGAACCAGGAGAGGAUCAAGCUCGAAAGGAAGCGGCAGAGGAACCGCGUGGCCGCCUCGAAAUGCCGCAGGCGCAAACUGGAGCGGAUCUCCAGGCUGGAGGACAAGGUCAAACUGCUCAAGGGCGAGAACACCGAGCUCAGCGCUGUGGUGCACAAGCUGAAGGAGCACGUGUGCCGGCUGAAGGAGCAGGUGAUGGACCACGUGCAUUCCGGCUGCCAGAUCAUGGCCGUGUCCGGCCAGUUCUGAGUCACGGACCCGGGGGACGAGACUCUCUCCGACGUGUAUACAUUUCGUUUGGUGGGGCUGGCUGUGUGUGCGUGCGCGACUACACCGUCGAACCUGCGGUUACCUUAACUGGGAGGUCGAUCGUCGUCUCGUCCAAUGGACACGUUUAGGCGAUGCCUACGGCUCGCGAACAGUGCGACGUGGCUCCGACUUGAAGACCACCGCUGCUAGUGUCCAGUCGAUCCAGGACCACGGAUCAAUUUUCUUUUCACCGUUUCACUUUGCGUUUCUGCUGUUCCACCUGCCUCACUUCCCCCUCCCCUGGACGAAGAGAGGCGACAUGGCGACGCGAGAGGACCGGCAGUGCCUUGGUGUUCUCUGAAAGGAACACGAGACCACGACGAAGAUUUUUUCUUUGUUUUUCUAAAUAUCGCUCGUGUGUCUCUGCGCGUGGCUGGCUUGGCCGCGGUCCCGCGCGCACGUGAAAAGUAAUCGCGUAGACGCACGGGGGGCGGCGAUGCGAUAAGUGGAAGAACUGUGCACGAGCGGGAGGAGAAGGAGGAGGAGGAGGAGGAGGAGAACAGAGGAGACUGGAGCGGAGGAGAAGGAGGAGGAGUGGGUGACGGGAAGGAGCAACGGAGAGAGGAGAAGAGACCAGAUGGAGAUGGAGAUGGAGAUGGAGAAAAGGGAGAGUGGGUGGGACCUGGCAGUGGAGAGAGAGGGACCUUGCGGUACGCGGCGGCCAUUUUGGAGAACCGCGAGUAUUGGCGGGAGAUUUGAAUGUUCGCGCGCCCAGAUAUAUUUGUCUCGCCAGGGGGAACUCGAAUUGUUUCGCGACCAAUUGUUGCCUUUCUUCGGAGCCCCUUUGUUCUAAAGUUCCCCUCUCGGCGCUAUCCUCUCGCGGUCUUUGCGAAUCGAUCGAUCGGCCGCGGAGGAGUUGUACGCGCGAGAUCGCGUCGCGCGUUUCGCUAGCGAGUAAGAUGAACUGCUCGUUGUUGUGGAAUCUUCCGAUUCGAUUUCUUUUGUCGUAUUCUCUAAUGUUUUUCUUCUCUCUUUUUCUCCCCCCUGUGUCCUUAGGAGUUUUUACAAUUUCGAGCGAUCGGGAACGAUCCUCGGUUGGUCCGGGAUUUCGUGGCAAUCCGCGAUCGGAAACGAUUGGAAUAUUUUUUGUACUCUCGCGACGCGCGAGCGUUUUUCCCCCCUCCCCUGUUUGUAUAACGGUUGGUUCUAUCCGAACAGAAAAAUUAAAAAAGUAAAAAAGAUCGGCUAACCGUCGAAGACUCGUAACGAUGUAAUGUAUAUAACGCUGUAUACGUAUUCACGCGCAGAGUAACAAUUCAAUAGGCUAAGAGAACCGUUUCGGGAGGAACGGGUAUACGCGUCGAACGCGCUCGUGUGACAAACACGAGCAAACGAAAGUGCUUUCUGUAAUCGGAAUCUUUGGUGCGAACGCGCGCGCGCGGAUCAAGGACGAGUAGAACGAGCUAAUUGUUAGUUAACACGGUGCUGUAAAAGAUUUGCCACUCGAGCGACACACGUCCGUACAAGUUGUCGUUGAAUCGAGCCGCAAGAUAGAUGGUUUUUGCUCGGACGAUUUCCCGAUUUCGAUCGUGUAACACCGCUUUUUAACCUGUUAACCGGGGAGGACGAGCUGAUUCGUCGUUUCCACUUGACUAAACGUUUCUCUCUCUUUUGUACGCUUCACGUAGGCAUACGUGUUGCACUCCGAUGGAGCCGAUCGUAUCCGAAUACUCGGAUCGAUGCGAAUCGCGUGGUAUUCGCGCUCGACGAGCGCAGCGAGACGCGCCGCUUUUUAUUCGUUUUUCAAUCUUGUGACCGAGUUGCCCGUUUAACAGGUUCAGAGGGGACUACCAUUGUUUUUAAGGCUAUACAAAUAGAUUCUGUACAAAUAGAUCAGUGGUUCCCAAACCGUGCGCCGAAGGAGAUUUAAAACUGAAAGAUGCAAAGGGGAAUUUACAAAGUUCUUAUAGAUUGUAAUUACCAAAAUAAUAUAAUGAAUGUUUGAUUGCGUAGUUUUAUAUACGUAAUCGAACUAUACGUUUCAUGAUGUGCUAAUAGGGUUUUUUGCGUUUCAUAAUUUGCUAUAGAGAAAACGAACCUCAGGUUUCAGUCGACACAGAACCAAAGUAUCUUGUCUGAAAUGCACGGCGAGCAAGGAAGUUUGGGAAUCACUGGAUUAGACGUUAGGAGCGCAGUUGCCGGCGUUGAAAUCACCGUCGGAGACCAUCUUGUCGCGCGUUCGACCGCGACACACCGGGCCUCGCCCCGCGAGACUCUGUUUUUGUACAAAUUUUCUAGGGAAAGCAUGUUAUACCGUUUAAUUCGCGCGCGGCGAGCACGGUGGUUCGCGUUCGAACUGUGACCCUCGGCACGGGGAAGCCUCGAGUAUCUUUCCUUUCUUAGGUUUUAAGCUGGAGACUGGUGUGUAACGAGCAGCGAUGGGCAUUCCAAUCUCGGCUGCGAAACGGUUCGAAGUAUUUCAAUACUGUGCAAAUUCGAAGCAUUCGAAGUUCAAUUUGACUCCAGAAACCUCUCGAAAAUCUUGAAGGUUUGAAAUUCUGAAAAGAUUCGAAGCCUUGGUUAGUCUCAAAGUCUUC